AUGAUUGACUUAUCUGGCUUCUUACGCACAAAGCACUGGGCUACGAAAGUCGCUGGUAUUCCUGCCUCUCGAAUCCUUAUCUUUGGUCAAUCUAUGGGCACUGCAGUGAGCGUCGCCAUGUCUGGACAGCUUGCAUUACGGUCACCGUCCAUGAUUUUCGCAGGCAUAGUCCUUGUUGCGCCAUUUGCCGAUUGCGCGAUGUUGGUUUCGACCUAUCGAGUUGCAGGAAUAAUUCCAAUGCUUUCACCGCUCAAAAAGUUCCCUAUGCUGUUUAUCUACCUCCAACGCUUUAUACGAGAUAAAUGGUCAAGUAAAGGCCGCAUUGCGCAAUAUAUUCGUGCCAACGAAGUUAAUAGCGAGAAAUACCGCCUCACAAUUGUGCAUGCCCAAGAUGAUUAUGAUAUUCCAUGGCAUCACACGGAAGUCGUCUUCUGGUGUGCAGUUAACGCUUCGAUACCUGGAGGAAUAAGUUAUGAGGAGCUUAAAGAGAAGAAACUAGACUCAGGGGUCAAUCUAGGUGCUGCUGGAUCAGUCAUGGAAUGGAGAACUGAUAAUGGUGUGAUUCGAGAGGAAAUACUGCAAACUGGCUUGCAUGAUGUUGUCAUGGGGUAUCUGGUUGUCACGAUAGCUGUGAUGCGUCUUUUCGAAGUGGCAGGUCCGUCAUUCGCGUGUUGA